GCAAGUCACGCCCAGCAGUCGAGAAAUACAAAAAACAAGAGCUGCAAUUUGCUGCUAGCCAAGAGAGUCAGUCAGUGUCUAUCUUUGUGUGCGUGACGUUCGAAAAAAACGCAAAUAAGAAACCGUAAAUCAGAGGCGAAUCUAAACAAAGCGUGUGUUGCAAGAGCUAAAAGUGUGCAUAUUAAUUGAAUAAGAAAAAUACACACGAGAGAGAGCGCGCUAGCGAGCGAACAAGUCAGGGUAAAAAAAGAGAGUGCAACAAACCGUCCCGUAUAUUAUAAAAAAACAACAACGUAGUUCAAGAGCAGCAGCAGCAACUGUAACAACAACAACACAAUUAUGGCAACCACACCACGCAGCGGCGGUUCAGGCUCUGGCGCGGCACAACGUCCCAAUGGCACAUCGCAGAAUAAAAGUUGCCAAUUCAAAUUGGUGCUACUAGGCGAAUCGGCAGUGGGUAAAUCAUCGCUUGUGCUACGCUUUGUUAAGGGCCAGUUCCAUGAGUAUCAGGAGAGCACGAUAGGUGCGGCCUUUCUAACACAAACCAUUUGCAUAGAGGAUACGGUGGUUAAGUUUGAGAUCUGGGAUACGGCCGGUCAAGAGCGGUAUCACAGCUUAGCACCAAUGUACUAUCGAGGCGCGCAGGCGGCCAUCGUUGUCUAUGACAUACAAAAUCAGGACAGUUUUCAGCGUGCAAAGACCUGGGUCAAGGAACUGCAUAAACAAGCCUCUCCAAACAUUGUCAUAGCGCUGGCUGGCAACAAGGCGGACUUGUCCAAUAUACGCGUCGUGGAGUUUGACGAGGCGAAGCAAUAUGCCGAAGAGAACGGUCUGUUGUUUAUGGAAACGUCCGCGAAGACGGGCAUGAAUGUCAAUGACAUCUUCUUGGCAAUUGCCAAGAAGCUACCGAAGAAUGACACCAAUCAAGGAUCUGUUAUAAAGCCCAACGGGAAUGAAUCAACUCAAACGACGAACAAUUGCUGCAAGUGAUGUCCUUUUGUAGAAAAUGAAAUUUCCAUUGAGAGAUUUGAAAAGUUUAUGCUGAUAAUUAUAAAUAAAAAAAUUAUUUAAAAUUAAACAAAAAAAAAUACAAGAACAACUAAAGCCAGCUUCUAGCAUGGGGCAAGCAAUUUAAUUUUCUGAUGAUGAAAAACAUUUCGAACAUAAACAAUAUUAAUUAUAAAUUAAAAUUAAAUGGAUAGAACGAAGAGACAAAAAAAAAA